AUGACAAUGCCGUCUAAGGUCUUCGUUGGUGGAUUACCAUGGCAAACCACAUCCGACGAUCUGGUCGAGUACUUCCAACAGUACGGAAGCGUCAUCGAAGCAGUUGUCGUGAAAGAUCAAGCGACAGGCAGGUCGAGAGGGUUCGGGUUUGUCACCUUUCUUGAGCCGUCUUCCGUAGCCAAGGUGGUGACAGCUCCUCCUCACUCCAUCUUCGGACGGGGAUUUGGGUUUGUUACUUUCCAGGCAGAGCAGGCAGCCGAGGAUGUGCUUCUUAUUGGAAGAAUGCAUGAGGUCUGUGGGAAGAUGGUGGAAGUGAAAAAGGCACAACCACGGAAGGACAUGGCAAAACUAAAUGGCAGAUGGCUUUGA